AUGUUAAUACAGCUACACAAGCCAAUAGCAUUUGCUGAAGAAAAUUUUACUUCGGAGGAAUAUGAAACCAAACUAACAUCUGACAGCAUUCACCCUGCGGAUUAUGGUGUUGGCAUUAGACUACAUGUCCCGCCUACAGAAUACCGUAGCCCCUCGAGUAUAGUAAUUUAUACGGAUGGAUCUAAAAUUGAAGGAAAUGUGGGGAGCGCAUUUGCUGUCUUACAAGAAAAUAGUCUCAUUGCACAAUGGAAGGGCCAUUUGGCUAACAAUAACAGUGUCUUUCAAGGGGAAGCAGUAGCAAUAGCGCAAGCUAUUCGCUACUUGCUAACCCACCAAAUCCUAAAGGCUACUAUAAAAUCUGAUAGCCUUUCAGCUAUUUAUGCGAUUAGUAAUCCAGAACACCCAUCCAAAAUCAUUAGAGAUAUUCAACAAGAUCUUAGAAAAUAUCAACGCCAUGACAUCCACUUAGCUUGGAUAAAGGCACAUAUGGGUGAAUAUGGAAACGAAGUUGCAGAUACUCUCGCCCAAGGAGGCCGCUUUUGGAAUUGCUGCUGA